AUGGAUCCUGAACAAAGCCAGAAGAGCACAAAAAAGGCUGAGGAAAGUCCAAGAAAGAGGCUUCCCAAAGGAGAGGCUUUCCAAGCUAGUAUUUCAUCCGCAGCUACGUACCAGGGCAGCUCCGCUCCUUCGCAAGGAACCCCUCUCCGAGAUAUCAUAUCGCAGCAGCACUUUUCUGGUUCUUUGCCGAUUCCCAGAGAGGAGUCUCAGGAGAAGACUGGACAUCAGAAGCAACCUAAGCCUUCCUCUUUCGAGCACCCUCCCCACGUCUCGCAGCUUCAGCAGCACGCACUGUCACCAGCAUUUAUGUCUCCUGGGAAACCGGAGCAUGUCCUCGAAGGUCCCACGUGGCAGCUAGUCGAUCCGGUACGACCAGGUCCCUCUGGCUCCUUUUCCUCGCCCGGGCUUCACUCUCACCACGGCCAGCUCCUACCUUCCCAUUCGCCGAUCAUUCCCGGAGAGGACAUGCCGUCCGUUCAAAAGGUCUACAUCCCUCGCCCUUCGCAGGUUUCCUUAAAACAAGCCGAGGAAGUGCACAAGAAGGAAAAGAAACCUCAGAAGCCGGGCAAAUACAUUUGCCAGUACUGCAGCAGGCCUUGCGCGAAGCCGAGCGUGCUCCAAAAACAUAUCAGGUCGCACACGGGCGAGAGGCCGUACCCUUGCAUUCCAUGUGGCUUUUCUUUUAAGACGAAGAGCAAUUUGUACAAGCAUCGAAAAUCUCACGCUCAUCGGAUCAAAGCUGGGCUGGCCUCAGGGAUCGGAGCGGAGAUGUAUCCGUCGAGCCUGGAGAUGGAGAGGAUCGGUGGCGAGGACUUCGAAGAGCCCACGGAAGGGGAAAGCACAGAUUCGGAGGAGGAAACGGGCGCGAUGUCGGGCCACUCGGUUGAGCUCUCGCCCAGGCAGAAGCACACCCUGUUGUCCAGUAGCUUGCUGAGUGGAGGGAGCCAAGGCUCCAGCCACGACCGGUGUUCCUUGUCUCAUUCCAGUAUGUCCCAGUCUCUUGAGGACAGCACCCAGUUUGCGGAGCCCUCGUCAGAACAGGCUCUGAGCCAUAAAUCCGAAGAUACCCAUACCAUAAAGCAAAAGCUCGCACUCCGCUUAAGCGAACGGAAGAAAGUCAUCGACGAACAAGCUUUCUUGAGCCCCGGGAGCAAAGGGAGUACCGAGUCCGGCUACUUCUCCAGGUCGGAAAGUGCAGAGCAGCAGAUCAGCCCGCCAAAUACCAACGCAAAAUCUUACGCGGAAAUUAUUUUUGGGAAAUGUGGUAGAAUUGGGCAAAGGACUGCGGCGUUAGCCGCAAACACGACCCAGGGGUUUCCGCACCUGUCUACCGAAGAGAAACCUAGCAUGGUACCAUUAUCUGUGCCUAGAACACAGGUUAUUGAACACAUCACUAAGCUAAUUACGAUUAAUGAAGCUGUCGUAGAUACCAGUGAAAUAGAUAGUGUUAAGCCUAGAAGAAGCUCUUUAUCUAGACGUAGCAGCAUUGAAUCUCCAAAGUCUGGUGUAUAUAGAGAACCGUUUCAGUUUGAUAUCAAGUCUGGUUCCAGUAGCCAGUUGGAUGCAUCGAAAGUGUUGACAUCCCACAGUGAAAAAAUUAAGCCUGAACAAUCAUUGUUGUCACUUCAGCAAUCCCACAGUGCCACAGAGACAGUGCCUCUCCUAAGAAGCCACUCAAUGCCUUCUGCUGCAUGCACUAUAAGCUCCCCACACACCUUUAGAGGUAGCUAUUCCUUUGAUGAUCACAUCAUGGAGCCUGAAGUCUUAAGCCGCAGUCAAGCAUUUUCUUCCCAUCCUCGAAUGCUCAAACGACAACCAGCUAUUGAGCUACCUUUGGGAGUAGAAUACGUCACGGAGGACGUUAGCUCUGCGAACAAAGAAACUGUUUCCAAACCUCCCGAGGAGCCUGAAACCAAGGAAAGCGAUCUUACCAAAAAGUCACGGAAGGGUCCGAAAGUUAAAGGGUUCAUGUACGAGUGUAACGUGUGUGGUGCUCGAUAUAAGAAAAGGGACAAUUAUGAAGCCCAUAAGAAAUACUACUGCUCAGAACUGCAGCUCUCCAAGCCUCGUUCUUCCACUUCCCAUACCUCGUCAGAGGCUGAGAAAAGCGUUGCGGAGCCUGACACGUGGCCCCAGAUGAUGCAUUACAAGCUGGGCAGCAGUUUGGAGCUCACCCCGCUCCGGAAAAGACGGAAGGAAAAGAGUCUUGGUGACGACGAGGAGCCUCCAGCUUUCGAGUUGUCCAACGCUCCCUCCUCCAGUGCUGGGCCAGGCGCUCAGUUUGCAAACCCGGCAUCAUCUGACGUCGCUUUAAACCUAACCCGUGAGUCAGUUAAGUCACCAGCAGAUCCGAGUAAAUCCGCACCUUCUGACGUCAGCGCCAGCUUUCAUUCCAGGAACACCAAACCGGCGUCGAGCGCGGAGGGCAAAGAGAGGAGAACAACCUCCAAGGAGAUCUCUGUCAUCCAGCAUACGAGCUCCUUCGAGAAGUCUGACUCCAUAGAGCAGGCGAGCAGCUUAGAAGGAGAAGACAAGCCCUUGUCCCAGAACUCAUCUCAGCCGACCCCCCAGCACAGCCGACCGCCUCACUCCCUGCAGCCCAAGCUGGUACGGCAGCCCAACAUCCAGGUCCCAGAGAUUCUGGUGACCGAAGAGCCUGACAGACCAGAAACGGAGCCAGAGCCUCCUCCGAAGGAGCCGGAGAAAACGGAGGAAUUUCAGUGGCCGCAGAGGAGCCAGACCCUUUCGCAGCUCCCUUUUGAUCGUGACGAUCACGGCAAGUCGGAGUCAAGCGGCCAGCCCUCCGAGCCCCACUCGAAGCCUCCUGGCGUUGGCUCACAUAUGUUGAUGGUACCGAGCCACCAUCAUCAUUCCAGGGAAAUGCGGAGAUCCGCUUCCGAGCAGACACCGAACGUGUCCCAUCCUUCCCAGAUGUCAGAGACCCGCAGUAAAUCCUUUGACUACGGGAGCCUGUCGUCCACUCCCGCCUCAACCCCCGGCCCCUCGGCCUCCUCGGCUCCCCAGGAGAGGAGGAAAUGCUUUCUCGUUAGGCAAGCGCCCCUCACGAGACACCCAGAGCACGAGCCGGAGUCGUCCCCAGCAGGUUUGCCCCAUCAGCCGGCGUCUUCAUCCCCUUUGCCCUCUCAUGGUACUUACCCAAGUGAAAAGACUCAGCCAAAAGACAGCCCUGAGCCAGCCUACACCCAGCCCUACACAGAAGCUCUCCAAGUGUUCCACCACCCCGUUCCCCAGCUAACGCUGCAUGAAAAGCAGUUCAUGUCCCCCCAGGUUUCCAUCUUUCCCUCCCAGCAUCUCCUGCCGCAGCCCGGGCAGUCCGCGGAGCUCUUCGCCGCGCACACCAUGUCCGACAUCCUCUCCGCUCAGUUCACCAUGCCUCAGAUCCCGCCUUCCAUAUUUCAGACGCCGCCGCUGCCUCUCCCUCAAACGCUCAUCCACCCCGGCCCGCUGCACAUCGCGCCGCCGCUCAUGGCUCACCCCGCCGAGGCGCCCUUCAGGCAGCACCCCUCCUUCCUGCCGGUGCAUUACCCCGGCUCCUCACCCAUCCCCUCGGCCUUUUUUCUGCCUCUUCAGUCUCAGUUUGCUCUCCAGUUGCCAGGUGAAGCUGGUGGACAUUUACCGCAGCUCAAAUCCAGCUUAUUCCCGGCAGCAGGGACCUCCAGUCUUUCCCCGUGCACGGAAUACGACUCGGACAGCAGGUUGCAUCCUCUGACCCGCACGACAAGCCCUUCGGUGUCUGUAUCCGCGUCUCAGCUCGUUGUUCCUGCGCGGUCAGACCCGGUGGUCUCGCUGGUCGUCCCCGUUCGCAUACAGACAAAUAUGCCGUCCUACGGCAGCGCCAUGUACACCACGCUCUCCCAGAUUCUGGUCACUCAGUCCCAGUGCAGUUCCUCUUCUCUCGUUCUCCCCAAAUUUGACGAUCGCCAAGCCAAGGGUACCCUGGUCUGCAGCGCCGAUGUUCACGGGCUGGGUUUCGAUCUGGCCCAGAUGAUCACAGAGGAUCAAAGGAGCAUUUUCCAGAGCCCGUAUUUGAGAGUGCCCUUACCCUUACCAGAACGAAAAGGCUACAUGCCCCUCACCUCCCCGUCAGACAGCAUCCUCGGACUGGAAGGAGGCCCAUCAACAGUCGGUGGAAGCAAAAGGAUGCUCUCUCCAGCUGGUAGUUUGGAGCUGACGAUGGAAACACAACAGCAGAAGAGAGUGAAAGAGGAGGAGGUGUCUGAAGCAGAAGAGACGUUGGAAGUGGUGAAGCCACCCAGUGCAAUAGAGGAAGGGAAAAAGCAGGAUAAAUCUCACUUUCUUGCAGAAAGCCAAGGCAGGGUCGAGGUUGAAACACCACCUAGCUUGUCCGCAGAGCAGUCAGAGCCAAAGGAAACCCCGAGUACUUCGCCGCAAGCUGUGUCUCAUUCAGGUUCUCCAAGUUUUGAGGCACUGGAAGAGUAUAAGCAGCCAGCUGGCAAGCAGCUCCUCAGCAAGGCACCUUUGCAACCCGUGAAGAAAGAAGACUCCAAAGAACUGGUGGAGCAGUCUCCACCAAACCCUCCAAGCCCUGCACCUCAAUCUGAGGUCGCUCGUAGUGCAAUGAAGUCUCGAGAAGGUACAGAUACGAAGAAGGUACUUCAGUUCCCCAGCCUCCACACAACCACUAAUGUCAGUUGGUGCUAUUUAAACUACAUAAAGCCAAAUCAUAUCCAGCAAGUCGAUCGACGGUCGUCAGUGUAUGCCAGCUGGUGUAUCAGCUUGUAUAAUCCUAACCUUCCAGGUAUAUCCACUAAAGCAGCCCUGUCCCUCCUGAGGUCCAAGCAGAAGGUGAGCAAGGAAACCUACACCAUGGCUACUGCUCCGCGUCCAGAGGCAGGCAGGCUUGUCCCGUCCAGCUCCAGGAAGCCAAAAAUGACAGAGGUUCAUUUGCCUUCGCUCCUUUCUAAUGAAGGUCGAAAAGAUAUAACUAGAGCUGAGAAGGAAGAGGAUAAAAGAGGAAAAUCCGAAGAAGAGGCUCUGGUAACCAAAAGAGGGGAGCCAGUCAGGAUCAAGAUCUUUGAAGGAGGGUACAAAUCAAACGAAGAGUAUGUGUAUGUGCGAGGCCGUGGAAGAGGGAAGUAUGUAUGUGAGGAGUGUGGAAUUCGCUGCAAGAAACCCAGCAUGCUGAAGAAACACAUUCGCACGCACACAGACGUCAGGCCAUAUGUCUGCAAGUACUGUAACUUUGCUUUUAAAACCAAAGGGAAUCUGACUAAACAUAUGAAGUCAAAGGCCCACAGCAAAAAAUGUCAGGAGAUGGGCGUGUUGGUAUCUUCACUGGUGGAUCUGGAAGCCGAAGAAGGAACCAGUGAAGACCUAUUCCAGGACUCUGAGGGGCGGGAGGGAUCUGAGCCAAUUGAGGAACACCAGUUUUCAGACCUAGAAGAAUCUGACGAUGACGAUGACAAUGAAGAUGAGGAAGAUGAGGAGGAAGAGGAGAGCCAAGAUGAGCCCCUUUUAAAGUUGCCGGAAGGCAAACAUACCCCCCUCCCGACACACUCUUCAGGUGGCUCUCCGUCUUCUCAAGAGGAGGGCGCCGAAACAGCGUUGUCCUUGUCCCAAGAGACUGUUUCCAGCAGCCAAAAAGCAAGUGAAGGCCAGCAGGCCUCCUCCUCAGGGCUGGAAACAAAGUGGUCUGCAGACAGCAGUGACGUUGCUGUGUGCCACAGCUUCUUGAGUCUCCACAGACCAGCUUUGACCUCCACCGAACAAUUGGCUUCUGCUGAAAGAGAGUCUGUCACAAGGCCACGGAUGUCCUUAGUUAUGGACCUGUCAACCUCGAAAGACACCUCCCCAAGGAAAAGGUGGUCUCCGAGCCAGGACUCUGGCAGAGGUGGUGGCAGCAGCAGACCAAUGCUAGCGAGAAAGCACCUGUUAACCAAAAAUGAAACUUCACCGAAACGGUUUUCGCCAACCGGAGAACUGUCUUCUCUGAGGUGCCUGUCUCCAGGGAGAGGGUUGUCUCCUUGCCAGCGCGUCUCUCCCAGGAGGGAGGCGUCUCCACUGAGGUGUGUGUCACCAAGACUCGAACUGUCACCCAGCAGGCAUCUUUCCCCUAGAAGAGAGCUGUCCCCAAGAACGUACCUUCCACCAGAAGGAGAGGUGUCCCCUGUGAGGCACUCAUCGCCGAGCAGAGAGAUGUCAUCGGUCAGAUAUUUGGCGCUGAAGAAAGUCUUGUCUCCAGGCUGUUCAGAGUCGUCUAGGUAUCCAUCUCCUGGGCAAGAGGACUUGCCUGGUCCUAGCAAAUCAGCAGCAGAUGACAAAGUUCAAAGCUCAUAUCAAGCCCAGCACGGGAUAUUAUCUUCGAUGCCGCUACCUCACAGGUUCUUUGGCAAAAAUGUCCAGCUCUACGAGUCCAAGCUGAAGAUAGAACCCCGAAGCCCAACAUGCUCACCCGGCGUCACGCAGCCCGUCUGCUCCAGACCCUUGCAGGCACCUCACGAAAUCCACGUUCCCGCCCCCAGCCGAGGGGAGGAGAACGUCUUCAGCCACCUCCCGCUGCAUUCGCAGCAGCUCGCCAGGACCCCGUACCCCAUGAUUCCCAUCGGGGGCAUCCAGAUGGUCCAGGCGAGGCCGAGCACCCACCCCAGCUUGGUGCCCGGCUCGGUCGUAUCCCUGCAAGCGGGAUACUUCGCCUCGGAGGGCAGCGGCUUCGUGGAGUUUUUUUCCCCAAAGAGGGCCGGGCACCCGCCGGCAGCACCGCGGGAGCCAUCGUCGGCGUCCGUCUCCCCGGUGGCGAAGGUUUCAAAAUACACGCUGUCCCCGGAGCUUGCGAGCGGUGGUUACUCGGAGGAGAAAAUGAGGACUAGUGAGCUUCAGCAAAAGACAGACCAGGAGGAACACAGGGUAAAAACGUUCGCGGAGCCGGCAGUCCGCUCGGCGUCGCCAGCCAGCCCCAGCCCGACCGACGAGCCCUCUCCAAAGCCUUCGACGAGCGGGGAAGAACCCUUGAACGAAACGGGCAAGAAGCAAUCUGGCAGCUCGAGCACUUCUUUCGAAUCAUCCUGCACUUUCAUCUCAGAUCUCCCCUCCCAGCCGCUGGACCGGAGCAGCAGCACCGGCUGCCUCUCGGAGCCCUCAUCGAGCCAUUCGCACGCCCAAGCCUUCUCCACCCGGAGGAGAAACCUCUCUGGAGAGCCCGGUCGCCAAGGGGGAGCCUCCAGGAAGAGCAGCCCACACCUCGAGCACGCAGAUUUAGGUCAAACUCCAAAAAAGAGGGACGAAAACACGGGGAGUACUUAA